AUGGCAACGAAGAUGUUAGUCCGCGGCACCCUCAAUUUUAACAAUAUCACCCAUACUGACCACAUCAGCUUCGUUUUCGGUAGCAUUAAUGGCCAGCUUCGGUCUGCCUUCGGUAAACUCGCCGCUCUCCACGCCAAAAAUGUCUUCAGUUUCGUCAUGGUGACGGGAAACCUAUUUGGUGAGGCCCAAGACGAUGACCAGCUAACGGACCUGCUCGAGGGGCGGAUUGAGAUCCCGUGCCCCACAUAUUUCACCGUGGGCACCAUUCAGCUGCCCCCGAGGGUGGUUGAAAGGGUGGCAAAAGACGAGGAAGUUGCCCCGAAUCUUUACUAUCUGGGCAAACGGAGUGUCACGAAGACGUCUGAGGGAGUGCGUAUCGUGGCGUUGGGCGGGAUCGUGGACCUGAACAUUGUGGCUGGGCUGUCUAAAGAUCAGCAUGAGCCAAUCCACACCGAAGGGGACACCAAAGCGCUCCGGGGAGCCAACAACGCAGACAUUCUCCUGACUACCAUGUGGCCGACCGGCGUAUGGAAGAACAGCUCCAAAGGGAAGGAACUGCAGAUCGGUGCGGAAACGGCACCUUCCAGCCAGACCAUUGCGGAACUCUGCGAGGUGCUGAAACCUCGGUAUCAUUUCGCGAUGUCACCCGGCAACAUUGCGUUUGAGCGCGAACCCUUCUUCGCCCAGGAGACAGAGGAAGAUAAAGACAAGGGGAUUGCUCUCACUCGCUUCAUAUCUCUUGCCCCCUGGGCCAACACCGCCAAGGCCAAGUCCAUGUACGCCUUUACCCUCAACAAAGACGCCAUCAUCACACCCCCUGUGGGUAGCACCCUCACGCCGUUCUACACUAAGCCCGUCCCCAAGAAGCGCACCGCCGAUCAAGCCGAGUUCAGCCGUUUCGGUGCCCAUUCACACGAUCAAGAUCACCACAAUAGGCGGCGUAAACAUCACCACCGUCGCGAGCGCUCUCCGCCUCCCGGCCCGGACCGCUGCUUUUUCUGCCUGUCCAACCCCAACCUGCCCACGCAUAUGGUUGCCUGUGUAGGCGAGGAUACGUACCUUGCUACUGCCAAAGGCCCCCUCCCCGCUGCCGGCACGUUUGGGAAGCAAGGGCUGGAGUUCCCGGGUCAUUUCAUCAUCACGCCACUUACACAUGCGGCGUCACUUAGCGCAGCAGCCAUGGGCGGCGAUGAUGACAACGGUGAUGCCGCCGCCGCUGAUGGUAAUGGUGGGGAGGCCAAGAAGACGUUCGCCGAGAUGAAGCGCUUCCGUGACGCCCUGCAAGGCAUGGUAGCUGGAGCUUCCGGUAGGAAACUAGGCGCUGUUACCUGGGAGAUUAAUAGGGCGCGCAACAUCCACGUGCAUUGGCAGUUUUUACCGGUACCUGCGACAAUGGUGAGCCAAGGCCUGGUUGAGGCGGGCUUUCGGGUGCUGGCUGAGGACAUGAAAUUAGGCAAGUUUGUGACUAAGGAAUUUGAUACGGCGGAUGAGGUACCAGGCGAUUAUUUCCGGGUGUGGAUCUGGGCGGAGGAGGAUGGGGAGGAUGGUGGGAAGGUGGUGGGCAAGAGUUUGCUGCUGCCAUUUGAUGAGAGCAUUCGGUUUGAUCUUCAGUAUCCGCGCAAGGUUAUGGCGAAGUUGCUUGGUUUGGAGGACCGGACGUUUUGGCAGGAUGUAGCCCAGUCAGAGGAGGAGGAGACCGCGGAUGUGGUGGCGUUCAGGAAGGCAUUCAAGGAGUGGGACUUUACGCUGGAGGGUUAA